UACAGACAUAUUGAACUCAUUCAUAGUAUAUUACCCAGUUAUCCAUUAACACGAAGAAAGGACCAUUGUGUUAGUUUAUGUGAACAUUAUUAACUGAAAUUAAAAUGAAUAAGAUUGUGAUUUUGUGUGUGAUUGCUUUUUAUGGAGCAAGUUAUUCAGUUGAAGCAGCAUCCAGAAUUAUUGGUGGAACUGCUGCUAAUGAAAAUCAGUUCAAAUAUAUGGUUUCCUUGCAAAACAGAAGUGAAGUGGAUCUAUUGACGAGAGGACAUAGAUGUGGAGGAGCAUUGAUCACGUUAAGUCAUGCUUUGACAGCUGCCUCAUGCCUUCAUAACAAUAAUCAGCUAAUUGUUGCGUCACAAUUUCGGUUAUUUGCUGGCUCAUCGAGGCUCAACAAUGAUGAUAACUCGUAUCGUGUACGGAAUGUAGCUAGCUUCACAAUCCACCCUCAGUUUGUCCCGAGUCAGCGUUUUAACAACGACAUCGCUGUUAUUGCUACUGUUAGUCCGUUCUCAAGCAUUGCUGUAAGUGUCCUGAGACUUCCCACUGAAGACAUCUCAGUGACACAUCUAGCAGUUUGCCAUACUCCUGGUUGGGGAGCCCAAAAUGCGUCAGCCAGUGCGAGUUACCAGUUGAUGUUUAUUCAAAGCCGAGUGACUUUAAGCUCGCAUUGCGCUACUGCCUACUAUGGAAUGGGAACUACAAUUGCAAUGCAGCCCAACAUGCUCUGUGCUAUGCCGAUAACAAACAGUACUGGAUGUCAUGGUGACCUUGGAAACCCAUUGGUUUGCGGCGACUAUCUGCAGGGCGUUCUUUUCUUGUCAAAGGACUGCACAUCUCCAUUAUUGACAGCAGUCCCUGACGUAUACUCUAGAGUGUUCAGCCACGUUGCUUGGUUGAACGAAACCGUCUUCGGAGUUAGUGACGAAACAAGCGGAGCGUGUACUUAUCAAGCUGGUGUUGGUCUGCUAGCGAUAUUCGCGCUCGUUCAAAUUGUAACAUCAAUGUCAUAAGAUAAUAUAAUGUUUAUAAAAUAAUAAAUACCAAAAUUCA